UAAAGACCACAAAAUAAGCAAGAUAGUUUCUUCUCUAAAAGACCUUGAGUGGAAGGUGUGGAUUUGUUUGACCAGAGACCAUGGCAGCCAUCACCAUACUACUGCUCCUCUUUGUCCUCAGUGGAGCUGAUGGGACUUAUAUUGUCGGAGGCAGAGAUGCUGCCCCACAAUCGCGCCCCUACAUGGCCUCGCUGCAAAUCCGAGGUCGCCACAUCUGUGGGGGAGCCCUGGUGAGGCAGAACUUUGUGCUCACAGCAGCACAUUGUCAGCUACGCAUACCAUACACAGUUGUGCUUGGAGCUAAUUCCCUGACUGCCAAUGAGUCCACCCAGCAGCAGUUCACUGCAAUCAGAGCCAUUCCAAACCCCAACUAUGACGGACAUGCAAAUGAUAUCAUGCUCCUACAGCUCAACGGUAGCGCACAGCUGACUGAAGCAGUGCAGGUGAUCCCUCUGAAGACAGGCAGACUGAGGACUUCCAGUCAGUGCAUCACAGCUGGCUGGGGGGAUGUAGGUGAUAAUGGCACCUUACCAAUCAGGCUUCAGGAGGUCAACGUAACCACCCUGCCACAGCGGACAUGUCGUAGGCGAUGGAGAAGCGUUCCAAUCCCCAGGACUAUGGUUUGUGGAGUCGGGGCCCGCGUCUUUCAAGGCUUCUGCUCGGGGGAUUCAGGUGGUCCGUUGGUGUGUGAUGGAGCUGCAGCAGGCGUCGUCUCCUUCUCUGGGCGGCGAUGCGGAGACCCCAGAACCCCUGAUGUCUACACACGUGUAUCAUCCUUCAGGGAAUGGAUUACAAAUGUGGUGAACAACAAUUAGGCAAAUCAGAUUGAAUGGUAUUGUGUCAAUAUGCUUAAUUGGGAUGUACUUUUCGAGGAAAGCCUCUUCAUGACAUACAACAUGUGGUGUUAUGUUGUUUGAUAUCUGCUUAACAAUGCAGUGCUGCGGCUGUUAAGAUGAGGUGAUGAAUUAUGUUUCAGGGCUCAUAGGUAGGGCAAAAAAAUCUUUUAAUUCUGCACCUUUAAAAGUCGGCUUAGCUGAAAGUAAUAAUAAAAUUAAAAUGAAAAACUAAGAGAAGUUCCCAUGCAAUCUUUAUUGUUAUUUGUUUGUAUCAAAAAAUGUUUCCAACAGUGACACCACCAUAAAAUCAUGAAUUUUGGAGAAAAAUGUAUUUUAUGGGUCAAAGUUUUAGAAAUAAAAAAGGAGUAACCACUGUAACAUUUUCA